UACAUAUAGUUAAUGGGGCGGUGGCAGCUGGCUCGCUGGGUGGCAGCAGCUCUGAUUGGACGAUGGGUAAAUGUCUCCGCACGGCCGCCGGACCGCGGUAGUCCGGAGGUAUUUAUAACGCGGCGCACAUGAUCGUUUUUUAGACAUCAUGUCUCUCAAAAGGCCCCUCAACGACAAAGCCCCCGGGCCCCCAAUGAAGCUCGAAGCGGUCCAACUGAAGCAGGAGUCUUGGUCUGAUGAGGAGUCCGAGCAGGCCUCGGCGGCGGACGCGGGGGACGAGCGCUCCGCGCACUGCGAAGAGGAGCCCCUCAUCGAAGAGAGGAUAGUGUCGUUUUUUGAAGACAGGCCGCAUUUCUACGACCUGACGCACGCGUCCUACAAGAACAAGCAGCGGAGGAAUUUCGAGCUGGCGGAGUUCGCGUGCGUUCUGGGCCAUGGCUGGACCCCCGAGAAGCUGUGGAAGAGGUUCGUCAGUCUGAGGACGGACUACGGAAAGCUCCUCAAAAUGAUCCGCCAGAGCAAGUCCGGCUCCGGCGUGAAGAAGCUAACGCCGAAGCAGCAGUGGAAGUUACGGCGCAUGCAGUUCCUCGAGCCUCACCGGAAGAACGCCGCUGUCUGCGGGGAGGAGGAGCUCGGAAACGUGCCCGCUGCUCCUGCUGGAGAGACCAGCGAGGCGGAGGAGGGAUCUGACGCCGACGACAGCCUGAACAAAGACGACGGUGUCCGAGGCAGGAAGUCCCAGCCCCAGAAGAUAGACAGCAGCGCCAUCGCCACGGUCCUGAACGAAUUCUUGCAGGCCGAGAGGGGGCGCGAGGAGGAGAUCCGGGACAGAGCGAGAUUGGUGGACGAGCGCACGACCUGGUCAUCGUGGUUUGCCUCAGCCUGCGCUAACGUGCCGGUCGAACGGUUUCGAGAGUUCCAGGGGGAGACGUUCUCCCUCCUGAUGCGCUACCUGAACCCCCCCACCGUGCCUGUCGCUCCCCCACAGCAGUACCAGCCCCUGCAGCAGCAGCAGCAGCAGUACCAGAGAGCAUAUGUCCAGCAGCCAGACUCCUCCUACAAUAUUACUGUGGUGGGUGAGCCGGCCCAUUCCAGGCCCACUUCUUCCUCUCUGCUUUCAGGCAUUCGACAGCAUCAACAUUCAAACCUGCAGGAACAGCAGCUGGAUCACGGUCCCGGGUCGUCUUACAACAUAAGUCCCUACAGCAUGUCCGGGCUCGGCACAAACAUCAAACGGGAGUAAAGUUGAGCCGCAAGCCAGUGUUGAAGAGUUUUUUAAUAUUUUUUAUAUUGAACUUGUGAAUAUAAACUGUUCUAUUUCUGUUUAUGGAAUAUUGUUUAGUGGUUAAUUGUUCUUUUAUUAUUAUAUUUAUACACUGAGUCAUAUUUUGAUGUAUAGUGUGAAGUCUGUUUAUAUCAUCUGCAUGAUUACAACUUUCCCAGAUGUGCA